AUGAGAUUUGAAGAAUAUAGGGCCCAGUUACCAUCGCUGAAGCAUUCUUUACAGGAUUGUGAUAAGGUUAAAAACUUGCAUUAUAAUCCCUUAAAAUCAACUAUUCACAUACAUAUACAGUGGGAUGUAACGGAAUUCAACAUAUCUCAUUUAGAAUGCAAGAUAACGUAUUCACAGACUUAUCAUGAGCCGCAAUUACUUUUAAGAAUUUGGAAAUUUAGCCAAAUCGAAGGUAUUGAUUGUAUAGAACCUUGGUUCCCUAAACAAAUCGAUCGUAUUUUACCCCUGCCCAAUUGGUUCCAGUUUGGACUAGAUACAAUUUCUACAUCUUCAAGUGAUAAUCCAGCAGCGUGGUAUUCAAUUCAUGCGUGUGACACCGCUGACAUUGUUGGUGAUAGAUCUAUCUUCCAAUCAACGUAUUUGUCAAGAUGGGCAUCAGUUUUUCUAUUUGAUUGGAUUCAAAACGUAGAUUGA